UGCCUGCUCUACCGUGGUGAUGUGGUGCCAAAAGAUGUCAAUGCUGCCAUUGCCACCAUUAAGACCAGGCGUUCCAUUCAGUUUGUGGACUGGUGCCCAACUGGUUUCAAGGUUGGCAUCAACUACCAGCCCCCUACUGCAGUACCUGGUGGGGACCUGGCCAAGAUGCAGCGAGCUGUGUGUAUGCUAAGCAACACCACGGCCAUUGCUGAAGCCUGGGCUCGUCUCAAUCACAAAUUUGAUCUGAUGUAUGCCAAGCGCGCCUUUGUGCAUUGGUACGUGGGUGAGGGGAUGGAGGAAGGGGAAUUCUCAGAGGCUCGUGAAGACAUGGCUGCCUUGGAGAAAGAUUAUGAAGAGGUUGGCACAGCUGAUGAUGAUGAUAAUGAGGGAUUCUGAAUUCCUUUCUGAUCAAGGGCAAAACAUUUCAUUUCUGUUUGACACAAUUAAAAUGCAUUCCUUUUGAAUGAUAGCAUUCUGAAUUGCAUUGUCAUUUGCCAUGAGAAAUGGACAUUUU